AUGUCGGAUAAGGAAAAUGAUUAUAAUACACCUAGUUCGGAGACUAAAGAGCUUCAACCCGAAUUAGAGAAAGUCGAAUCAGUGAUAUGGCCAGAGAUCAAGGAUGGGAGUGCUGAUCAUAAUGAUAAUUCCCUUCAGAAAUUUAACCUAGGAUAUAGAGCUCGACGCGGAGAGCUUGCCUUGGAAAACGAAAGAUUCUGUACAUUUCAGUCGAUAAAGGAUUAUCCUUAUCAAUAUAUUGGCAAUACCAAUAGACAAAAAGUUGUUGAUUCUUAUUUCGGUCAGGGCAAACUUUACAACCAAUCUUGGGAGCUCUUUUACAUUUAUGAAUUAAAUGAAGAAGCCCAGAACCCAAUUAUUCUUGUAACUACUCGCCAACUAAAUCAAUUUUUUGAGAAGAUUAACACCGAUUUAAAAAUUAAACUUACUAUUCCCAGUGGAUCCAAAGGAGCCUUUGAGGUGAAAUUUGAAAAUGGAAUGCCUCGACCACGAUAUCUGGGCAACGCCCAGAGCAAGAAUACAGUUGAAGAGCUACUGCUGAAUGUACCCUUGAAAGACGACUAUCUAAAGGGAGAGCACGAAAUUUUUCCGAGGGAAAACGAAAAACUUAUCCAAGAAUUUAAAGACAAACUUUUCCUUAUUUCUAAUCCGUCAUCUGGAAAAAAAGGGUCCCGAAAAAAAAACAAUAAGGAAAAAACUACAAAAAAAAAGCAAGCCUGGAACCAUUCAAUAAAACGUGUCCAGAGAUAUCUUGGUAUCCGGCUGUCUAGUACCGAGCAAAGUAGCGCUCAGAAUGAUACUAAAGACUCCGACCCUAAUCAUAGUCGUCAACAUAGCUCCAGACAAAUAGCUGAAGAUCUAACUUCUAGUGUCUAUUUUGACCCCGAAAAGCCAGCGGCUUUUCCAACUGAGGAUUCAGUUGUAUUUAUUUGCGUGGAUGUCGAAGCCUGGGAACGUAACUCCAAGAUUAUAACUGAAAUUGGUUUUGCUACACUUGACACAAAAGAUAUCGCAUCAAUAGCUCCAGGAGAACGAGGGACGAAUUGGAUGAAAGCAAUUCGUCCUCGCCACUUUCGUGUAAUCGAGCACAAAGACUACGUCAACAAAGACUUUGUCACAGGUUGUGCUGAUCGAUUCGAAUUUGGCAAUAGCGAAUUUAUAAGCCUAAAAGACGCACCACAAGUUGUAUCGUCUUGCUUCAAGCAUCCAUUUUCUAAGAUAGAGGAGAUCUCAGAAGAUGAACAUACUAGCCGAAAAAUCGUUCUUGUAGGUCACGAUGUCUUGUCGGAUGUCGUGUAUCUCCGGAAACUCGGCUAUGAUGUCUUCAAUCUUUCCACCUUAGAAGAGUUGAUAGAUACUGCAGAAAUGAAUCGUUAUUUAACACGACAACUCAAUCCACAGAAUUUGGGGGCUGCUCUUUACGGAUUGGGGAUAACUGCGUGGAACCUUCACAACGCAGGAAAUGAUGCCGUAUAUACAUUGCAAGCAAUGAUUGCAUUAGCUAUAAAGCAAGUAACUGAAAGAGAGAAAAAAAAUCGUGCUGACACUGAGUAUAAUCCCCUUACUCAAGGACCAGCUAGUAAUAGGAUAGACGAAGAAGGUUGGAGCACCUCAGGAAACCUCAGCGAUGGGGGUGAACCACAGCUGAUAUCACUAAUAAAAGCCAAGCUAAAUGAGGAACAACAAAAUUCUAGCAAGAUCAAGUCCUCAACCCCAGCAAAAGUUACAAGUGAGCCAUGGGAAAAAGAUUCUCCUAUCAAAACAGCAUCAAUUUCAAGAUCUACGUGGAAUCAUAGGUCUAGCACUGGCAAGGAAUAUUCAAAUGGUGGUAAAACUCGCACUGAUAAUCAGAUUCAAUCAUCCUCGAAUAGAGGUGGUGGACAGAAUCCGGGGCGAGGACGAGGAAGAGGAAGAGGAAGAGGAAGGAGAGGGUUAGUGUUAGAAGAGAGUAGGCAAGCUUGGAGAUGA